GAAUCAAUAAUGUAUUUACUCUGCUUUAUGUUUGGCAUCAUUCUGCAUUUAGCAAAAGCAUGUUGCGCUUAAGAAAGAGUUGACAUUGUCAGUACAGCAUGUGAGUGUGUACUUGUAAUAAUAAUGUAAUUCUCUAUGCCCUGAUGCUCUAAGUAAUGGCAAGGCAAUCUUGAAAGAGGGGCUCUAUCAACCGUCAUCUCCAUUUGUGACCCCUUAAUGACCCACUCCUCAAGCUUUGUUUGAAUAUGCAUACUUGUUUGAAUAUGCAUAGGCUAGCUUUUGGGAGCAUUAUUGAGCAUUGUAAUGAUGCAUGUUUGUGCACUUAUGUUGUGAUAUGUGGUAGUUUUUAAAACAAAGACAAAAUUUAUACAGCAUAUACAUCAUCGUCUUAGGAAAUGAAGUGUUCUUCUGUGUUGGCCGCACAUCCAUGAUGCGAAUCUCCCAUUCCACCACAUCCCAUAGGUGCUCUAUUGGAUUGAGAUCUGGUGGUUCUGGUGAUUCAUUUGAUUAUAGUGAACUCAUUGUCAUGUUCAGGAAACCAGCUUGAGGUGAUUUGAGCUUUGUGACAUGGUGCUUUAUCCUGCUGGAAGUAGCCAUCAGAAGAUGGGUACACUGUGAUCAUAAGGGGGUUGAACAUGGUCAGCAACAAUACUCAGGUAGGCUGUGAUGUUUAAACGAUACUCAGUUGUUACUUCUAUAUAGUACGUCUAUACUACUGCCAAGAAAAUAUCCCCCACACCAUUACGCCACCACCACCAGCAGCCUGAACCGUUGAUACAAGGCAGAAUGGUUUCAUUUUGUUUAACCAAAUUCUGAUCCUACCAUCUGAAUGUCGCAGCUGAAAUCGAGACUCAUUGGACCAGGCAACAUUUUUCCAAUCUUCUAUGAGCCCGUGUGAAGUGUAGCCUCAGUUUCCUGUUCUAAGCUAACAGGAGUGUCACCCGGUGUGGCCUUCUGCUGCUGUAAUCCAUGUGUGUGGCGAGCAGGACGAGGCCAAGCCGUGAGAGCGGGUUGGUGCGAGUGUUAAUGAGUGUCACCUGCAUGCCACACCAGACUCGUAUCUCUCACGGAGGAGCUCGGAAGUAUAAAAGGAGGAGCGAUGACAGAGAAGGACUAGAGAGGACCAGGCUUGGAUUUUAUGUUAUGUUUUGUUUAUGUGUGUACGGCAGUCGUCCGUGACGGGCUGCUGCUUUUACUUUCAUUUUGUGUUUGUUUAUUUUAUAUGAUUAAAGUUAUUGUUGAACAUUGGCCGGUUCCCACCUCCUUUUUCCCUGAACUACUAACCUCCUUACAUUGGUGCCAAAACCAGAGAGAAAGGAGGAACAAGCUGUUAAGAGCUUUCGUCGCUGUGGGGAAUCCACAGUGCCAUCGAACAUGGCUGAGCAGAGUCUGCCGCCAUGUACGCUCGAGGCGGUGGGCUGGAGUGAGUUGGUGGCGAGACGGACAAACUCGCUGCCAGCCGUCUGUGUUGUGGAGGCAUGGCUACCGUCCGUGAGGGAGCGGAGGAGUCACCGCUGUUUGCUGAGGCUGGAUGCCUGAACCUGGAGGUUCAUGACCCUUUAAAGAUGCAAUUAUGACGAAAACUCAAAGGUCUUCCAGAUCUCACUGACAGGCAUCAGGCAAGAUGUUCUUUGUGAAGGAAGUCAAAACAACUCAACAAAGGGUAAUUUAUAAGAGAUUAUGGGGUUAUGAGCUAAAGGACAAAAAAAGGACAGAAACAGCGCUGAAGGCUGGGGAGGACAGGGCCAUUCUGCUGGGUUUGGGCAUGGUGUUCAGCUCAGUCAUGAUGUACUUUGUGAUCUGUAUCACCAUGGUGCGCGCAUAUGCAGACAGUGUAUUGACAGAUGAGACCACCUGUAUUGUACUUAACUCCACUCUAACAAAGGAUAUCAAUUGUUCAUACAACUGUGGCUCCGACUGCUGGCGAAGCUCUAAGUUCCCCUGUCUACAGGUCUACGUCAGCCUGAACGCCACCGGCCGUAUUGGGCUGCUCUUUCACAAUGAGGAGAUGCUGGAUGUCAGUUCAGAGUGUUUUUAUGUGCCCAAAUGCCAGAAGGACCACAGCAUCCUCCGUGUUAUGGUCCAGAAUAUUUCAGAACAUCUGAAGACACACCAGCAGGUAACAUGUUACCACGACUCCAGCGAGCAUCAGGCCAGUAUCCUUCUGAACCGUCUGCAUGGCAGCAGCGCAGUUUUCCACUCUCUCUUCUGGCCCUCCUGCAUGUUAUCUGGAGGAACCCUCAUCAUACUCAUGGUCAAGCUCACUCAAUACCUUUCCAUACUGUGUGAACAAAUUGGCAAAGCGCCAAAGUGAAAGGGGCACAGUGAUUGACAGACUUAGUGAAGUGAAUGGAGGAGCUUUCAUUUCUCCUUCAUUUUUUAUUUUAUAUAUAUAUAUAUAUAUAUAUAUAUAUAUAUAUAUAUAUAUUUUAUUUUUUUUUUUUUUUUUUUGGGGGGGGCCUUCUGCUGUUCAAAGAUUGACUAGAAAUCGAUAUGUUAGUCUUUCAUGACUAAGCUAUAUUGUAACCACAAAUCAUAUCUCUGAAGUUCUAUUCCAGAUGGAGCUAGUGCUGUUUGGAUAAGGACUUUUUUCAAUAAUGCAAUAAAAUAUAAACAUAAAAUAUCUAACCUUUGUGACACUGUUUCUAAUUUUAUCUGUUAUAAGCCUUUUGGGAAAAUUAUCAUAAUGUGUCAUUUGUAAUUUUUUUUGAUAAAUUAAUAAUUUAAAGAAUAAUUAAAUUGGAUAAAUUACCAAUAAUAAUGAAUUAAAAAUAAAGAAAAUAAUGAUUCAUUAUUAUUAUAAUUUAUCAACAUUUUUCAUAUCCUAUUUCAAAACACUUCAGUGUGAAAUUUGUUAUUGUUUAACUCAAUAACAAAUGUACUUUUUCUGUAUCAAAUCUGAUUAUUGUUAUGUGUAUAUUCUUUUAUGUUCUGUUUUGGUUUUUUGAUUUGCCUGUGCUCAUAGUUAGCCCUAGUCCACACGUACAUGGCUAUUUUUAUAAACAGAGUUUUUCCUCCUUUGUUAAAAAAAAAAAAAAAGCGCGCCCACAUAAAAACGCAAAAACACGCUAUGAAGCGCUGUCAAGAGCAUGCCAAACCAACAGGUGGAGAUAUAACCCUAACUGUAAAGCCACGUUUGCCAAUCAGAAGCCUGGAAAAAGGGUUAUUAUCGGUUCAGGAGUUUUCAAAAAUGUUCGGUAUCAGGGACCGGAUACUGCGUUUGCGUGUGGACGAAUGGCCAAACCGCAGAGAAAAAGCUGCAGUUUUGAAAAUACCCAUGUAUAUACCCUAGGCCUUAAGCCCUGGAUACACUGCAGGAUUUUAACAAUCCUAAAAGAUCAUUACUUCAUCACACUGUGCGACAAGUCUCCUUCUCCAUGGAUCUACUAAACUUGACAUGCAUGUAGACUGUACGAUGAUGACACCUAUUGACUCGUAGGCUACGAUGCAAGUUUCUAUAGAAGAGUAAAACAUCAUCAGCAUGCGCUAGUGGUAAACAAAACACCAUGUUGAAUCACACUUUGACACUUGUAGUUUUUAUGUGUGCUGAAAAUAAAAAGGAAGCGGCAAAAGAAGGGAAAAGAGCUUGAGGUAAGCGGUUUUAAGUUUUAGCGCCAUGUCGCGUUAAUUUCAUGUCGCAUUUUAUUGGUUGGUCAGUAGACGUAGGUCGUAGCAGCAAACACACGGUGCGAUGAUCACGCUGAAUUUCUGACACUGUCAGAAAAUGUCUUCGGCCGUCUUUGAACCUCUCUCACUGUACGACAUUGGACCACCGAUUAAAAGCCACGAUCACAGAAAUCGCCAUGAUUGUUUCACGAUGGCAAUCUUUUGUCUGGGAAAGCCAAAAAUCAUGCAGUGUAUCCCGGGCUUUAGUUUCCUUGGUUCUUAAUUAUCCCACACCUGUUUCUGUUCUGUUGAUUACCCUCUCUGUGUAUUUAAGUCCUGUGUUCUUUCUGUUCAGUGUUUGGUCUCGUUUGCAUUUCAUGUGGUUGAGUUAUUCCAUUCUCCUUCGUUUUCCUAGUGGUAUCUUGAUUAAAGAUUAUUUGUUUGUACUCUA